AUGAGAUGGGGUCAUAAAGCUAAUCCAGAUAGGUGGUUCAUAAACUUACAACCUCAAUUCCAAGAAGUUGUAGACGCAAUGGAAGUGAAUGGUGAACCAGAUGUAGCUGGUAUUUUCAGCGCGGCUUUAAUGCCAUUGAAAGAUAUGAAAGAUGCAGAUAUUUUGAACCAGUAUGAAAUGAACAUGGCUGAUGGAAAUAUAACACCUGACGUUCUAGAACAUUUAUCUCAAAGAACUACACAGAACCAUAGAGAUGGUAUAUUUGGUGAAGAGUUUAGAAAGAAAGUUAGGGAGAGCGAAGGAAGAGAACCUAUUGUACAUGACCUUGCAAACGAAAGUUUGCAAAAUGUCAUAAAAACUUACUUUGCAGACAAUGAACUGAGAAGGGAUGAAUAUUUAAGAAAACUCAAAUGGACAGUACCAAAUGAAAUGUUAGUAUUGAAAAACAUGUUCCUUGACAAAAUAAAACCAACUACAGAAAUAAACGACGCAAGACUGAAAGAUUGGGUAAAAGCUUUCCCAUUCACAAAAGAUAUUGUUGGUAACAUGGAAAGAAAACCAGAAUGGCUACAAAAACAUAUAUUUGGAAACGAGCAUAUUCCAUAUGGACAGGCACUGUUUGAAGAGCUUGAACCGGAAACUCAGAAAAGAGUCAUGCAAACAAUAAGCGACGACUCAAAUACAAACUAUGACAAACUCUUUCUAGGAUAUAGGUUACCUGAGAUGGGCGACCAGAGCCAAAAGGCAAAAAGGACAUGGGAAAUUUGCAACAUACUAGAUGAACAUAAUGCAAAGAUGCAACAACUUCAAGCAGAGGGCAAUGAAGGAAAAAGAAGAGUUAAAAACUCAGUCAGGAAGAAAGUAAAGCUUGGUCCACGUGGGUUCUAUUAUGACAUAUAA